UCCUAUAACGACAACACAAACUAUCUUCGCUGUUUACCUUUCUGUGUAUUUAUAUAACAGCUAACAGGUUUUGUUUUGUUCGUAUUGUUCAUGAGCGGUUCGUCACAGAGAGAGAGAGAGAGAGAGAUGGAGAACGUACACCUGGCUGUGGAGGAGGAGGAUCUUUACUCCGGUUACAACGACUACAAUCCAACGUUCGACUCCGAGGAGUUGGAGAAUGAUGUGGGCUUCCAGCAGGCAGUGAGGACGAGUCAUGGAAGAAGACCUCCGAUGACUGCCAAAUUUCCUGGCACUGCCAUCGGAGCUCGGCCUCUAGCGACUUCCUUUGGCGCUCGGAUCCCUUUGGCCUCUUCAAUGGGCCGACCCAUGACUGGAGCUGUGCAGGAUGGAGCAGCCCGGCCGAUGACUUCCGUCAGAGCAGCAGGUUACACCUCCCUGACCAGAGGCUCCACCUUUGACCCUCUGGGUCAGUCCAGAGGCCCGGCGCCUCCACUUGAAGCAAAGAACGAGGACACGCCCGAGGAGAAGAUCAAGAUCCUGGAGAAGAAAGUGAACGACCUGAUAGAACAGAGCUGCAUGGCCCAGAGCGUUGGAGCUUUACAACUGGCUCUGGACAAAGCCAAAGAGGCCGGGAGGAAGGAGAGAACCCUGGUGAGACAGAGGGAGCAGUCCGGCAAUGCAGACCACAUCAAUCUAGACCUCACCUACUCUGUUCUGCUGAAUCUUGCCAACCAGUAUGCGAACAAUGAAAUGUCCCCAGAGGCCCUAAACAGCUACCAGGUCAUCGUGAAGAACAAGAUGUUCAGUAACGCAGGCCGCUUGAAAGUCAACAUGGCCAACAUCUACGUCAAACAGAAGAGCUACCCGAAGGCCAUCAAGUUCUACCGAAUGGCCCUGGAUCAGAUCUCCAACGCGCACAAGGAAAUGAGGAUCAAGAUCAUGCAGAACAUCGGCGUGGUCUUCGUCCGCAUGGGCCAGUACUCGGACGCCAUAACGUCCUUCGAGCACAUCAUGAGCGAGAGCCCCAACAUCAAGACGGGCUUCAACCUCAUCCUGUGCUACUACGCCAUCGGUGACCGGGAGAGGAUGAAGAAGGCCUUUCAGAAGCUCAUCUCAGCUCCUCUGGGCAUCGACGACGAGGACAAGUACAUCCCAUCUAAUGAUGACACAGACUCAGGUUUGGUCAUCGAGGCCAUCAAGAACGACAAACUUCACACGAUGGAGAGAGAUCUAAAAGUCCUGACUGAGAAGUACAUCAUGACGGCGGCCAAGCUCAUCGCUCCGGCCAUUGAGACUUCUUUUGCCACCGGAUUCGACUGGUGUGUGGACAUGGUGAAGAGCUCUCAGUAUGUCGAGCUCGCCAACGAUCUGGAGAUAAACAAAGCCAUCACCUACCUCAGACAGAAGGACUUCAACCAGGCGGUGGAGACUCUGAAGACAUUUGAGAAGAAGGACAGCAGAGUGAAGAGUGCUGCAGCCACCAACCUCUCUUUCCUCUAUUUCCUGGAGAAGGACUACGACCAGGCCGACCGAUACGCCGACCUCGCCAUGACCGCCGAUCGCUACAACCCGGCAGCACUUAUCAACAAAGGCAACACGGUGUUCGUCAAGCAGGACUAUGAGAAGGCUGCAGAGUUCUACAAAGAGGCACUGAGGAAUGAUUCCUCCUGCACCGAGGCCCUCUACAACCUGGGUCUCACCUACAAAGGACUGAAGCGUCUGGAGGAAGCUCUGGAGUGCUUCCUGAAGCUCCAUGCCAUUCUGAGGAACAGUGCCCAAGUCAUGUACCAGCUGGCCCACCUGUAUGAGCUUCUGGAGGAUCCCCAACAGGCCAUCGAGUGGUUGAACCAGGUCUUGAGUGUUACCCACACAGACCCCCAGGCACUGGCCAAACUGGGAGAGCUCUACGGGGCCGAGGGGGACAAGUCCCAGGCUUUCCACUGCUACUACGAGUCCUUCAGGUACUUCCCCUCCAACAUCGAUGUGAUCGAGUGGCUCGGGGCUUACUACAUCGAGACCAAGUUCUGCGAGAAGGCCAUUCCGUACUUUGAAAGAGCCACGCUAAUACAACCCACGCAGGUGAAGUGGCAGCUCAUGGUGGCAAGCUGCUACAGAAAGAGUGGAAACUACCAGAAAGCUCUGGAAACGUAUAAAGACAUUCACCGCAAGUUUCCAGACAAUGUGGAAUGCCUGCGUUUCCUGGUGAGGCUGUGCACAGACAUGGGGUUGAAGGAAGUUCAAGAAUACGCCACCAAGCUGAAGAAAGCGGAGAAGAUGAAGGAGAUCAGAGAACAGAGGGUGAAGUCGGGGCGGGAGGGCAGUGCCAGAAGUCGGCGAGAAGGAAGAGAAGGCAGCGCCGGCAGUGCUGCAGGCGUCUCCACUCCGGUGCUCAGCUCUCCGAAGAAGGCCGGCGUUAUUCCGGAGUCUAAACUACUGAGUCCACUGUUGGACUCGGGGAGAGACAGCGGCCGCAGCAGCAGCAAAGGAGAGCGGCUGAGCGCCAAGAUGAGGUCACUUCCUGGUUCCAAUGAGCCCUACGAGGCCAGCAGCCCAAAAGAAAUAGAUGCGUCCUACGUGGACCCUCUGGGGCCUCAGAUGGAGAGACCGAAGACGGGGGCCAAGUGGCGCGUGGAGGACGACGGCUUUGCAGACGAAGAGCUGGGAGACGACCUGCUGCCGGAGUAGCUGCCGUCACUGUCGGGACGUUUGCUCCUUUGUCACAAAAAGCACAAAAACAAAGCGUUUUAUACUCUUCAGCUAAAAACACACGACAUACAUGUUACAGGAUGAAGACCUCAAUGAGGCUCCACUGACUCUGAUGCUCCACUUCUGAGUCCAGAGGUCACAUGGAGUGAAUUUUAGCAUUCUGGAUUUAUUUUCCACUCUUUCACUUUGAAUGACUGAAAACAAUCACAAAGCAGGUUUUAACCUUUUCUUUGGAUGUGUUUACAUUCAUAUCUGAUGAA